AAAAAAAAAAAAAAACAGUGAUGUAUUGGCCACAAUCAACUCUGAACAUGGCCGAUGUGGUGGCCGACAGUAAAAACUCCCUCACAAAACUACUGAACUUCCGGGGCCACAAUCAGAGCACAGUAAGAUCCUAUCAUGUGGCUCCCUCUGCUGGUGUUGGUAGCUCUACUUCUCCUCUACAGAUGGUACAGACAGAGUCAGAUCCUAGAAAAUCUCUCAGGUAAAUAUGUCUUCAUCACUGGAUGUGACACUGGAUUUGGAAAUACGCUGGCAAAGCAACUGGACAAACGUGGAAUGAAGGUCCUGGCUUCCUGCCUAACUGAGAAAGGAGCCGAGCAGCUGAAGAAGGAGACAUCAAGUCAAUUGAAAACUGUAAUUCUUGAUGUUGCAGACAGUCAGAGCGUCAGCUCAGCUGCCAAGUGGAUUGCUAAUAUUGUUGGAGAUCGUGGUUUAUGGGGCCUUGUAAACAAUGCAGCUUUUGGAUUUACAUUUGGUCCUAAUGCAUGGCAAACAAGAGCCGAUUUUGCUAAGGUGCUGAACAUAAAUUUAGUGGGACUCUUUGAUGUUACAGUGAACCUAUUGCCUCUCAUCAUGAAGGCAAAGGGGCGAAUUGUCAAUGUUUCCAGCUGUGGUGGAAGACUGCCUAAUGUUGGGGGUGGAUACUGUCCAUCUAAGUUUGGUGUUGAAGCUUUAUCUGAUAGUCUCAGAAGAGAGCUUCGAGAUUUUGGAGUGAAGAUUUCUAUAAUUGAACCAGGUGCCUUUAGGACAGCAUUGGGAGUAGUGGAACCUCACUUAAAAAAUCUAGAACGCCUGUGGACAAAUCUACCAGAAAAUAUGAAACAUUGCUUUGGAGAACAGUACUAUUAUCAAUAUGCCCAAGGCUUGUCUUCUCUACUUGGCAGUGCCAACCCCAAACUCUACCGUGUCACAGACUGCAUGGAGCAUGCCCUGACUGCUGUUCAUCCAUGGACAAGAUAUUCUCCUGGCUGGGACUGCAAGCUUUAUUACCUUCCUGUAUCUUACCUACCUACUGUCUUAUCUGAUUAUCUGCUCUGUAGAUCUUCACCUAAACCAGCACAUGGUUUGAUGUAAACAUAUUUUCUGAUACUACUUACUGCUUAGAAAACAGUAAAUUUAUUUUUUAUCUUUGUGUUUACCAAAAAAUCUAAUACAUAUUAUGUGCUUGAUGUUGCAAAAUAAUAAAUUGGGUGUCAAUCUCUGCUUUACCCCUGUUAUCUCUAAUAAACAUUGUG